UUACACAUGACUUUUCAAUUAAAGAGUCCGUGCAACUUCAGCUGUCUCAUUACUGAAAUGAAGAUCAUAGUCCGUGUGAAAGUAUAUUGAGCCACUUUAAUAGACUAAGGAGUAAGAACAUUUCAAGCUGUUAGAACUAAAAGGAGCAAAUAGGGAGAGAGCAGAAGAGAAGGUAAGAGAGCAGGGUGUCGAUUCAAGCUACAGCGAGACCACAGACACCCUUCAGGCAUUUCCAUUUCUGUGUAUUUACAGGGGUGAAUCUGACGUACAGAGUUUGAAAUAAGUCCAGUGAAAAUAGUUCCAUUGAUGCUCAGAGCAUUUUCCACUGUGAAAAAAGUCAAUUGACCUUCUCCACAGACUUCAUUUAAAAACUAAACAAAGCCAUUGCGUUUCACUGAAACACUUUAGGAAAAAUAGGAACUAGUGUCGAGAGGCAAAGGGCACAUGUAUCUUUUUACAAGAGAAGAUUGAUGAAUUGAAAAGAUGUAGCAUUUUGCAUUUAGUUUCUUGGAAAAGUAAACCCUAUUACUUCCAAAAAAAAAAGUGUAUUUUCAUAUGAAAAACACAGACACCUUCUCAGACAAACUCAAACAAGGGACAUUUUAUUUUUAUGACUAUAGAAACCCACAAGAAACAAGUGUGGGAGGAAAAGAUUUUAGAUCACGUGGCCACCACGUCAUUCUCAGAAUAUGCUGGCUGGGUGUAGCCAAUAAAAAUACAACAACCUCUCCACUGAAACCUAAUGACUUGCUCUGCUCGCCUAUAUCCACGCAACAUGCAUCAAUCUCAGAGAAUGAGACUUUAGAUCGCCUUGGCAGACUGAGUUACUGAAAAUAAAACAGAAGACGCCAGCCGAAAGUGAAAAUGGCAAAUCAAACAGACUUUCUGCCCCAGACUGAGAUGAGCACCGACAUGCAACCCUUCAACACCACCUCAACAUCCAGCCCCUUCAACACCUCAGACUUCAUUGCCAAAAUCGCAGCCAACGACCUGACAUCCAGGGCCAACUACGUCUAUGCGCUCUGUGCCGUGCUGGGCUUGGCCUCGGCGUGCAUUCUACUCUACGCCUUAAUUCGGUCCUACAGAGCCCAGAGGUACCUGGCCUGGCUGGACUCCCUGCUCUGGGCCUUUUCCAGCUCCCAGCUCCUUCUCUUGCUCCUCUCCCUCUCUUCCGUAGCACACCGGCCCAGCUACCUGGUGACCACACACAUCGGCUGUGCUGCGCUCGCCUUCACCGUCAACAUGGCAUCCCUCUGCGGGCUGUUGCUCCUGGUGUUCAUGGGAUACGCCCUGACCUUCGACACACCAACUCACGCCCUGCUGAAGAGGCCUUGGGUCUGUGUGGCUCUGGUGCUUCUGGUUUCUAUCCUGUGCUCCUUGGUGCUGGCAAGACUCAGAGGCCCCUCCAAGGAACUGCAUUUGGAGGGCAUAUGUAUUAUAGACCCAACUGAGGCAGGAAGGUCUUAUGCCAUGGCGAAGCUUUGUCUGGGGUGCCUAAUUCCCUACCUCCUCCUUCUGGGACUCCUGACAGGCGGCUGCGUCCGCCAAUGGAAAUCCAGCAGCCGGUUCCUCUCCGGAUCAGAGGAAGGGCCGGUGUUCCUGGCAGUGGCUGUGGUGAUAUUUGUAUGUCAGCUAUUCCAUGGCAUUGUGCUGGUAAGGGGGGCAGGGAUGCAGCAGGCUGGUGAUCUCAGCUAUCACGAGAGGGCGUUCAUGCACGUGUCCGAGUUUGUGAUGUUCUCUGGGAGUUGUGUGUGUCUAGUGUUAGUGCUCCUGCUGCAUAGGCCGUGCAGGGAAAGCCUUCUGGAGGUGAUCAGGCAACUCCGCGACUGCUGCCGGGGCCUGGGGGGCCGACAGACCCACAGACACAUCAUGGCCCCCCAUAUUGAGAUCGCUGACACUCAGGACUAUAACCCUUAGGUCAAUAACCAUCUCAGACAUUCAGGAAUAUUAUGCCUUUUUUAAGACCGCCAAAUCUAUCCUUAUAAACGUUGAUUCAUAUAUAUAUAUAUAUAUUAGAAGCUGACAGCAAAUAACUUAAAAGCAAGGAUACUUUAUGAAAGUUUAGUUGCUGAUCGUUUACAUUUAAUUUUGGCUUGAAUUUGAAGACUGUAAAUAGUGUUACUCAGACAGUUUUGUUUUCCAAUGUACUUUUUGUAACUUUUUCAAUGUAAUGAUUAUAAUCUUAUUUCAUGUAUGAUCAGCGUACUGUUACUUCACCAACCAACUGACUUUUCUCCGGCAAAUCGAACGAUGUCUGUACAAUUCAUUGGUGACUUUUGCAAUAUGAUGUUAGUGAAAUUGCAAACGAAGAAGAGUAAAACGAAGUUGUGCAAUGACAAAUAAACCAUGAAGAAUCAUUGGAAAGACUAUUUCUACUAAUUCAACUGACAUGUGCUACUGUUUCUACACUUAGACUUGCUAAGACACACAACACUUCCAAGAAACAGACAGUGGCGGUGUUUGCAUAAACAUGUUUUACACAAAAACCCAUUCAAACUCAAUGUCACAAUAUGAUGACUGAAUAGUGGGAAAACACUGUACAAAGGAAAUACAGUGCAUUUGGAAAGUAUUCAAACCUUCCCUUUUACCACAUUUUGUUACGUUACAGACUUAUUCUAAAAUUGAUUCAAUUAUAUAUGUUUUGUCAUCAAUCUACACACAAAACCCUAUAAUGACAAAGCAAAAAACAGUUUUAGACAUUUUUGCAAAUGUAUUACAAAAAAAAAAAUGAAAUAGCUGAUUUACAUAAGUAUUCAGAGCCUUUGGUAUAAGCCUCAAAAAUGAGCUCAGGUGCAUCAUCCUGUUUCCAUUGAUCAUCUUUGAGAUGUUUCUACAAUUUGGUGUCCACCUGUGGUAAAUUAAAUUGAUUAGAUUAAAUUAAUUGAACAUGAUUUGCAAAGGCACACACCUGUCUAUAGAAGGUCCCACAGUUGACAGUGCAAGUCAAAGCGAAAACCAAGCCAUGAGGUCAAAGGAAUUGUCCAUAGAGCUCUGAGACAGGAUUGUGUCGAGGCACAGAUCUGGGGAAGGGUACCAAAACAUUUCUGCAACAUUGAAGGUCCCCAAGAACACAGUGGCCUCCAUCAUUCUUAAACCAAGACUCUUCCUAGAGCUGGCCACCCGGCCAAACUGAGCAAUCGGGGGAGAAGGGCUUUGGUCAGGGAAGUGACCAAGAACCUGAUGAUCACUCUGACAUAGCUCCAGAGUUCCUCUGUGGAUAUGGGAGAACCAUCUCUGCAGAACUCCACUAAUCAGGCCCUUAUGGUAGAGUGGCCAGACGGAACCCACUCCUCAGUAAAAGGUACAUGACAGCCUGCUUGGAGUUUCUCAAAAGGCACCAAAAAAAGACUCAGGCCAUUAGAAACUAGAUUAUCUGGUCUGAUGAAACCAAUAUUGAACUCUUUGGCCUGAAUGCCAAGUGUCACAUCUGGAGGAAACCUGGCACUAUCCCUACGGUGAAGUAUGGUGAUGGCAGCAUCAUGCUUUGGGGAUGUUCUUCAGUGGCAGGGACUGGGAGACUAGUCAGGAUCAAGGGAAAGAUGAACAGAGCAAAGUACAGAGCGGUCCUUGAUGAAAAUCUUAUGUAAAUGUGAUUUCUCCAUUUUUAUAAAAUGUGCAAAAAAUUAUACAAAUCUGUUUUUGCUUUGUCAUUAUGGAGCAAUGUGUGUAGAUUGAUGAGGGGAAAAAAAAAACAAUUUAAUCAAUUUUAGAAUAAGGCUGUAACAUAACAAAAUGUGGAAAAACUAAAGGGGUCUGAAGACUUUCCAAAUACAGUGUAUUUACUAAAGGAAUGUACUAAAGGGAAGCUUGCCAAAACAUUGGUGUAAGUUUCUUUUGGACUGGAUAUAGUUCCUGCAUCCUUAGGUAGUAGCCAGGGGCUUCCUAUUCAUAGAUGGCAGAGACUCACCUGAAAAUGGAUUGACAAACUCAGAUACAUUUAAAUACAGAUCUCACAAGAACAUUUCCAACAGUGAAAACAUGUCCUUAAGUUGUUGUGUUGAGUAGGUGAUGGCAUAUCUUUAUAUAGGGGAGAGUGGGUUAAGUUGAGCCAAAGAGUUAAUUGAGCCAUGCCUUGUUUCUAGGAAGCCAUAAACAAAAUGGAGUCUGAAGGAAGAAACCACAUGGAGAGAGCAGACGUCAUCAUGCACUACGUAUACAAACGUAAAACAAGCAAAAGUCUAGCCCCCCUUGUUGUUCUUGAGAGAGCAGCGACAGGAAGUGAGAGAAGGGGAAAAGUACAUUCGAGUAGCAGCAAAGGGAUACAACUUCUAACUGAAUGACACUGAAGAGGAACACUGACAAAAGAAUAUGAACAUGCACCUGCGUCAAAGAGGAUAUGAUAGAGUAGCAGGGUCUUAUCUGAUCUCACUGACCAGUUUUAUGGGUUGAUUCGUGUCAAAUGCAGAGAACUUGCCCAUGAAUUGGCACAUCGAAAUAACAUCCAUGUCCCAGACAACUGGUGAAGAAAUGGAAGGGUAAGUGAUAUUGAACAUAAAUGUAUGCCUACAUUCAGAUAUAGAUCUAAAAUAUAUCACACCCCCAUUCCAUGAACUUUGACCUACCACUACCAUCACAGACAACCACCAUCCACUUACCCCAAGGUGGCUCAACUUACCCCAUACACAGAGACCCAUUAUUGGACAAGCUAUGUUUUCAAAACAGUUGUUUACAUGAAAUCGUAUUAUUUCCAGGGAUACACAACAUCCUGAAAUAUAUGUAGAUAUCUUUGUUAGACAUAACUGUUUCCCUUGACGUUGAAUGUAAAAAAAAAAUGGCUCAACAUACCCUACUCUCCACCACAGCAUACCAGUUCUGCCAUCCAUCUUGUUUUGUGUAAAUAUGAGGCAGUUUCCAGAGUUUCCCCUUAAGUUACCCAUACCCAGUGACUCCCUUAUUUAUAUAUUUGAACAUUCUACAUAAUGAUCCACCCUUCGUGCAUGGAUGAUUAUACUUGAAUAAAAAUUCCUUCCAUAGAGCAAAAACAGUAAAAAACUGUGUGAAAAAUCAUGAAGAAUCAGUCUCAAGUAACAGAAAACAAUAGAAGACCGGCUAUAGCUGAGGACAACAGCAGAGAGAGAGGACUGUUUGCAUACAUCUCUAUCUUACGCUGAGGAGCGGGUGACGUCAAAUGACUUGGGGGAUGAGCAAGUAAAGAAAGUCUACACAGCCUCAGUCGUUGGAAGCUAAUGAGAAUUGAUUGGUGAUUGUUGUUAAACCUCUACACGGAGUGAGAAAGAUCUCGACAUGAGCAUUCUGGUAAUGAAAACAACACAGGAAGUCAACAAUGUAAGUUUGCUUUUCCUCUUACCUCGCCCUCUAAAGGGCAAGUGCUUCAGACUGGCUCUCUCUUAUAUGGUAAAGAUAUUGCCAUAGAAAUGUCCUCAUCAGCCACAGUACAGGUAGUGUGCGGUUCCAGUUACCUUUGUUCCAAAAUGUUUACUACUGCAUAAUUUUCAUGCGUUCAUUGAUGGUUGUUCACACAUCCGCAAGAACGAAGGACAAAUCUUCUCAGAUAAAUAACAAGUAAUUAUUUUUGCUGUUGUUACUUAAACCAACUGAAGGGCACUGAUACUACUGCACUUUUGGAGCUAGGAGCACAAGCAUUUCGCUACACCCGCAAUAACAUCUGAUAAAUAUAUGUGUAUGUGACCAAUAAAAUUUGAUUUAUUUGAGUUGACCCAUUUCAUUAUUUAUCCCCUUCUUAGCACCGUGAGUGAGCCAUCAACCCUUCAACCUGAACCAAGAGAGUGUGUUUCUAGUGAGAAACAAAGUGUGUCUUAGCAGUGGUUAUUAUUGAUGUGGGAUUUUUACCUGGCAACAACUCCUUGAUACCCCAUCGUAAAUGACAACUUGGGGCUAGAGUUCAACUGCAGGCUCAAAAUGACAGCUUGUAACUUUUGACACAGACAGACACCAGACCAGACAAUGACAUGGAGGUGCGCGCGUACAUGGACUAUCCCGUUGCGAUUUAUAGCAACGUCACAGAGCAGUUGAAUGGCUCCUCAGCCACCUCCUCUGGGCUGGCAGGAGAGGAACCUGACCCCUACCAGCAUUACACCAUCAGCGUCUUCCUCUCCUGCCUCUACACAAUCUUCCUUUUCCCCGUGGGCUUCAUCGGGAACGUCCUCAUCCUGGCCGUCAACCUGAGCCACAGGGGCCGCAUGACCGCCCCCGACCUUUACUUUGUCAACCUGGCGGCUGCCGACCUGGUCCUGGUGGCUGACUCCCUGAUCGAGGUGUUCAACCUUAGCGAGCACUACUAUGACAUGGCUGCCCUGUGCACCUUCAUGGCCCUGUUCCUGCAGGUCAACAUGUACAGCAGCGUCUUCUUCCUGACCUGGAUGAGCUUUGACCGGUUUGUGGUGCUGGCGGGCUCAAUGAGUCUGGGCAGAAGUAUGCCCCGGGCCCGCCUGACCUGCUGCCUGAUCUGGGUGACCUCCGCCCUGCUCACCCUGCUGCCCUUCACUGUGGCCCAGGUGCAGCACGCUGGGGAGCUCCACUUCUGCUUUGCGAAUGUAUCCCAGAUCCAGUGGCUGGAGGUUACGCUGGGCUUCCUGCUGCCCUUCUGCGUGCUGGGCCUCUGCUACUGGAGGAUCGCCCUGGUUCUGGUGAGCGCUCAAAGGGAGCACAGUGGGCUGCAGCGGCGGCCACAGAAGCGGAAGGCUUUGAGGAUGAUUUCUGCGGCCGUGUUGGUGUUCUUUGCCUGCUGGUUACCGCAGAACAUGUUUGUCAGCGUGCACCUGCUUAGAGGCGAUGUGGAUGGAACGCUGUGGCAUGACUACCCUCUGACGGCCCACAUGGUCAACCUGGCUGCCUUCUCCAACAGCUGUCUCAACCCGCUGGUCUACAGCUUCCUGGGGGAGACCUUCCAGGACAAGCUAAGGAGCUUCAUCAAGGAAAACAUCAGCUGGGCCAAGUUAGACAGCUCCUGCUGGAGUAGCUAGCCCCUCUAGCCUACCCACUGCAAGCUCCUGCCCCCAUCCCAUACUUAAAAGUACAAGUCCCACCACACAACCUCUCCAACGCUCCUGCUGCCUCUACAAACCAGCCAUCCAUCCUUCAAAUCAAAACUCACCAACAUACGUGUGCCCUGGACAGCUAAGUGGUGUGUCUGAUUUCAAUCACUUUCUGACCUCACUCCUUUUGACUUAAAUCUUUCCAUAGAUAGUUUUGUGUAUAUAUAAUGUAUGGGGAUACCCCUUCAAAUGAGUGGAUUCGGCUAUUUCAGCCACACUGUUUGCUGACAGGUCUAUAAAGUCAGGCACACCGCCACGCAAUCUCCACAGACAAACAUUGACAGUAGAAUAGCUUUACUGAAGAGCCCAGUGACUUUCAAUGUGGCACAGUCAUAGGAUGCCACCUUUCCAACAAGUCAGUUGGUCAAAUGUUUGUCCUGCUAGAGCUGCCCCGGUCAACUGUAUGCACUGUUAUUGUGAAGUGGAAACGUCUAAGAGCAACAACGGCUCAGCCGCUCACAGAAUGGGACCAGUGCGUAGCGUGUAAAAAUCGUCUGUCCUCGGUUACAACACUCACGACCGAGUUCCAAACUGCCUCUGGAAGCAAAGUCAGCACAAGGAAUGUUCGUCGGAAGCUGCAUGAAGUGUGUUUCCAUGGCCGAGCAGCAGCACGAUUCUGUGCUUCCAACAUUGUGGCAACUGUUUCUGAAAGGACCUUUCCUGUUUCAGCAUGACAAUGCCCCCCUGCAUUGUCAAAGCAAGGUCCAUACGGAAAUGGUUUGUUGAGAUCGGGGUGGAAGAACUUGACUGGCCUGCACUGAGCCCUGACCUCAAACCAAUCGAACACCUUUGGAAUGAAUUGGAAUGCCAACUGCUUACCAGGCCUGAGUUCAGUGCCUGAACUCACUACUGCUCGUGGCUGAAUGGAAGCUUACAAACAAGGUUGUCAAACUAUUUUCUUUAAACAUUUUUAUUUGUCAUUUUAAACUUUAACGUCUAAAAAAAGCUUAAACUCUGAUUUUCCUCAUUGUCGCAUAUUUUAUAAGUUUAGAUCCAUUUUAGAUAAUCUGAGGUGUUUGUUGUGUCCACCAUCGGUUGAGACAGCAUACUCUGUGAAUAUAAGGGUGGGUGUCAUUUCAAUCAUAGAAAUAGAAUGGAUAUAUCCCUUCAACCCACUACAAUUGAGCUAGUACAUAGUUGAAAUAUAAUAUAAAUUGACAUUUAGAACUUCCAAUUACUACCACAAAAAUGGGUGCCUGUCCACCCAUCGUCAAAUGUCUACUUAAAUGGAAAUGUAUAUUCUAUUAUCUUUAUUUCUAUGAUUCCAACAGGUUUCCUAGAGAAGAUUGAAGGUGUAAUUUAAAACUGAUAUUCCCAUUCAAAUAAACAUUCUCUGAUGUGUGGACCUCCAACCAUUUUUGUGCUACCGUUUGAAAGUAAAAAUGUUUCAAUUGUAUUCCCAUUUUAGAACAUUUAUCAGCAAAAACAUGACACCCACCACCCUGUAUUGAAGGGCAUGCUGUGUCUCAACUGAUGGCGAGCACAACAAAAAUACCUCAGAUUAUGUAAAAUAGGGUCUAACCUACAACAUAAGCAAAAUGAGAAACAGAGUGUUCAGAUAAUCUCAUAAUUAUAAAAAUAUAUAUAAUUCUGAUCACUUACAUGGGAAAAAAAUGUGUAGAAAGCUGUGUGUGUGUGUGUGUGUGUGGCCCCAUCUACUGGUGUCACCAUACAAAAAUGUUUCUGUAAAUUAAAUGAAUAAAGCAGGAAUAUAUAGCAGUUUA